UUAACGCAAAACUUCUUUAUUGCCCGCGACAUUCUGUAAUCAUUGCAUCGCUGGCAAAUUGCUUCUUUGUGACAACCUAAUCCUACUGUACAAUUUGAAUUUAUCCACCUUCAAUUCCAUUACAUAUAUACACAUAUCAUUUACAGUGGCAUGGCUUCUCCGGAUAAGCAGUCGACAACCGCUGAGCCACAAAGUGAAAUGAGCACAAUCGAUCAACCAGCAAACGAUCGCAACGGUGCAUUGGAACCACAUAGACCUACUGAUUGGGCAGCAGCAUUAAAAAUCUUUCUCAAGAACAUAGGAUUUGAAGAAACGGCUGGCGCACUUGACACUGAAUUAAUCAUUUUAUCAAAUGCAAAUAAGGCCACGAUUCCAAACCAUACUGUUCGCCUCGUCAAUGACUUGCUCUCUAUCAUUGAAGCCGAAGCUGAAUCAGAGCCACUUUUAGAAAAAGAAAAUGAAAAGGGUAACCUUGAGGAUAGCAACACGAAACGAAAACGCAGUGAUGAAGAUGAUGAAGAUAUGAUGGAAGAUCGAAUAAAAAGAAUGAGCCCAGAGCAAGUUCAAAUACGAGCGACAAGCAGUGAUCUUCGAAAGCGAAUCGAAAACUUUAUUCAAGCCAAAAAAAGCGAAGUCGAUGCCAGCAAUCGAACAGAGUUUAUGAAAAGGAAAGACACAGGCGAGUCCGAUGUGACUUGCGCACGAACGGACGCUAGAGAAAUCGAUCGCAGCAUUCAGAUGAAAUUCGACGUGGUCAAUAAUGAAGAUGGACCACUUGCGCGUUCUUUAGUGACAUCUGCUAAUCAUGUUAGUGUCGGAUCCACUGUGCACAAGGGCUCAGGUGCGGAAGAACGAUUACAGAACUUGGAGCAGCACUUGAAUAUCGUAUACAAGAACAACUCUAGAGACAGCUUUACUUUGUUUCAAAGAAUGAAAAUCAUAGAAGACACCAUAAUUCAGAUUGAGCAGCAAAAUCCAUUAUGGGCAGCGAUACACUUUAAUCAGCCCAACAGAACCUUCCCACCUCCACCAAUAGUCAACCUCAUCACACCAGCAGAAUCUACUACUGAAAUGGCCACGGAACAGAAAUCUUACACAUCUGAUGCUGUAUCACCCACCCCACAACCGCAACUGAAGCCAACAGGACGCGCGAAUUCGUCGCUCACCAGGGCCGUCAUCGAACAAUUAGCUCGUCGACAGCAAGAAUCAUAAGAUAAUUGAUAUACCAUGCACUUAUGCUUGUAUUUCCAAGAGCAUGAUGCUGUCAUUAGAAUCAAGCAUGUACCGUUGGUACAUUGAAUCGGACAUGAGAUGGGGCGAAUAGUAUCCACAUCUCGAUGCCAACAGGAGUUUUAUACACCACUAAUGCGUUCUUCGCUUCCUCUCAAUUUUAAUUAUUCUAUAUCGAUCCUUCACAUUGUAGAACGGUGUCAAUAACAG